AUGAAGGAAAUGAUGCAAGUGAAUUGUGGUUUAUGUGUCUUUUAUGCAUUUAUGAUUUUCUUCGUGACGUCAACAGUGUCUGCUGUCGACAUUGAAUCCAUAGUUAGUCAUUGUUGUAAUGAAGGAAACGAUUGGGGCUCACAACGUAAACAUUGCAGCGAGUAUAAGUUUAAUCUUGAUAAGAAUGUUGUACCAGCUGGCUUGCAUGGUUUGUGCUUAUCGACAGUAGAAAUUUGUUGUGCGAAGCAACAUAGAAUUUAUCAGUGCACGGCGGGUGCGGUUGCGGCAAAGUCAUCAUCAAGUUGUGAUAGUAGCACAGAUAAUUAUGGUACAGAAUUCUUCAAGGAUUGUUGUGAAGCUUGUAAAAUUGGCUUGGUAAUUGGCUCGACAAGCCAUACAUGUUCGACAGAAAAUUCUCUCUUUGGCUCGCCGUGGGAUGAUAUUAUUGAGGAUUGUUGCACUGAUAUUAGAGAAGCUGAUAGUGAGGAUGAUCCUAACGAAAGUAAUGAGAAAGACAUUUGCCAACGGAUCGAUAAUCUCUGUACACACAUUUGUGUUCCAACUGAUGAUUCAUACGUCUGCAAAUGCAGAGAGGGAUAUAAAUUACUAGAAGAUAAUAUUACAUGUGUUAAAGAAACAAAUGUGAUUGAUGAUACAACAAUACCGCAAACUUUAAAUAAGGUAGAUAACUGCUCCCCUGGCAUGGCAUUCGAUGAAUCAUCGGAACAAUGUGAAGACAUAAACGAAUGUGAAACUGGAGAUGCGAAUUGUGAUAGAGAAAGCCAAGCAUGUCUCAAUACAAAUGGCUCGUAUAAAUGCUUGAACAUAAUUUCAAAAGUCAGCAGUUGUGAAGACGGUUAUCGAUAUCAAGCAAGAAUCGCUCAAUGUGUUGAUAUCAACGAGUGUGCUGAAGGACUUGAUGAUUGUGAUCGCAGAACGCAGUUGUGCUUAAACAUUCCUGGAAGUUUCAAAUGUCAAGACAAAGUAGUUGACACAUGCUUGCCUGGUUUAAAAUAUGAUUUGGAAACAAAAUUAUGCGAAGAUGUAAACGAAUGUCUGGAUCCUGAUUCAUGUGAUAAUGGAUAUAAAUGUUUAAACACAGUUGGAUCGUUUGAAUGCGUCGCAGUGACUACUCAGCGUAAUAAGCCAUUUAGAAUUCCAAAAUGUGCUCGCGGUUAUCAUCUACAAGGAGAUCAAUGUGUUGAUAUUGACGAAUGUGCUUACGAUAGGGAAGCGUGCGAUGCAAAUCAAAUAUGCAUCAAUCUACCUGGUGCUUUUCAAUGUGACUGUAAAGUUGGCUUUGUUCUUGAUCCUCUCACAAAUGCUUGCGAAGACAUCAACGAAUGUCAAAUCAAUUUACAUGAUUGUCUAGAAACGCAACGUUGUGAUAAUACUAUUGGAAGUUAUCGCUGUAUAAGAACUCAAAGUUGCGGUACAGGAUACACAUUCAAUGCUGAAACAUUGCAAUGUGACGAUGACGAUGAAUGCACGCUUAAUCGGCACAACUGCUAUGAUCCAUAUGAAUGUCAUAAUACAAAAGGAAGUUUUAGAUGCAUACGAAAAACUACCACCACGUCUACAACAACAACGACAACAACUAGAAAGCCUGAAAUCCGUUAUACAACUACACCACAGCCACAUUGUCCUAAUGGAUUUGAAAGGAAUUAUCUUGGUGCAUGCAUAGACAUUAAUGAAUGUGAAGUAAGAAAUCCAUGCUCUCGCUCUCAAAAAUGCAUAAACACAAAUGGUGGAUAUAGAUGCAUCAACUCCUUAACAUGUCAAAAUGGAUAUGAGUUAAAUGCGGAAGGCACACAAUGUAUUGACGUUGAUGAAUGUGCAACACGUGAGGCAAAUUGUGGACCACAACAGACAUGCAAGAAUAAGCCUGGUGGUUACGUAUGUUUAUGUCCUUCUGGAUUUGUAUCGACAAAUAAUAGAAAUUGUGAAGAUAUUAAUGAAUGCGAAUUCUACAAAGAUCGUCGUCCAUGUCCAUCAAAUGCUGACUGCGUUAAUAGCAUUGGAAGUUAUCAUUGCCAUUGCAAAGCAGGAUUUAAAAAUGAGGUCAAUGACGAUAGAAAAUGUGUAGAUGUCGACGAAUGCACAGAAUAUCCAGGAUUGUGCCAACAUCGUUGCAUAAAUUAUUGGGGCUCUUACAAGUGCGGAUGUGAAGCUGGUUUUAAGUUGAGUGCAAACAAUCGUACAUGUGAUGACGUUGAUGAAUGUGAGCAACACAAGAGCUAUCGAUUAUGUGUGGGUAUUUGUGAAAAUAUUCCGGGUAGUUAUCGAUGUGGAUGUCCGGAUGGUUACCGUAUUGGCACCGAUUCAAGAUCAUGUGAAGACAUUGAUGAAUGCAAAGAAACGCCUGGAAUAUGCCGAUCAGUCGACGAAAUCUGUACAAAUCUUCGAGGAAGUCAUCGCUGUAUUCCCAUACAAUGUCCUUACGGUUACAUGAGGGAUCCAGACCGAACAAAUCGAUGCAAGCGAAUAAGCAUGUUAUGUGACCACGAUGAUUAUGAAUGCUUUAGGAAGCCUACAUCUUAUUCAUACAAUUUUAUUUCAAUGGUCCCAAACAUGACAGUUCCAGUAGCUGGAACAGGAUUAUUUAAUUUACAAACUACUGUCUGGUCACAAAAUCUCGAAUUUGAUUUGAAAAUUGACAGCAUUUAUUCACCGCCUGGUGUUCAAAGAGUGACUGACCAUUACUUCAGCUUAAGAAAGGUGCCACAGGGUGUUACUUUAUUGCUGUUACGGCCCCUCGAUGGUCCACAAGAUAUAGAGCUUGAACUUACAAUGAAUGUUUUUACUCAAGAUCGAACACCUUCUGGCUCAAGCGUUGCCAAAAUCUUUAUUCUUGUUUCAGAAUAUCCAUUUUAG